CUCUUCGCCUCUGCGCAUGUGCGUGCCAGCCAAGGAGUGCGCACAUUGCCCACAUUGCAUUGCGAUAAACAACCAAGAUGGCGGAGGAAGAAGAGGGAGGCGGCGACCGGUUAGACGACCGGCUGUUGCCGGAGCCAGAUGAUGAAGAUGAGUUUGCUGACAUGGAAGUUGAAGACCAUGACAGUGAAGAGGCUGAAAAACCAAGCAUCAUCAAUUUUGAUCCAAGUCUACCUACUGCACACUCUUACUUGGGAAUGGACAUGGAGGAGUUUCAUGGUCGUACUGUGCAUGAUGAAGAGAGUAAACCAACCAUCCCAGUUCUCCCUCAUGUUGCUGUUAUUCUUAUUCCUGGGCAAACCUUACCACUGCAGCUUUUUCGUCCUCAAGAAGUAUCCAUGAUGCGAAAUCUGAUUCAGAAAGACAGAACAUUUGGCAUCCUGGCAUACAGUGAACAUACUGACCGUGCUGCAGAAUUUGGAACCACAGCAGAAAUUUAUGAAUAUAGGGAGGAACAAGAAUUUGGUAUUGAAACUGUGAAAGUGAAAGCUAUUGGGCGUCAGAGGUUUAAAGUUCUUGAGACAAGAACUCAAACUGAUGGAAUUCGGGUUGCAAAAGUUCAGAUCCUGCCAGAGUGGGUCCUUCCUUCAAGUGUAUCAGGAGUUCAGCUUAAUUCUCUUAACAGACUUCAUAUGUUUGUCUCAGAUAAGCCCCCUGCAUGCCGAUUAAAGCAAACCCAGAAGUGGUGGCAGAAAUAUCAAAAGAGAAAUUUCCAUUGUGCAAAUCUGACUUGGUGGCCUCCAUGGGUAUAUUCAUUGUAUGAUGCAGAAAUACUAAUGGAAAGAAUGAAAGCACAACUCCGAGAAUGGGAUGAAAAUCUCAAAGAUGACUCCCUUCCCUCAAAUCCUGUAGAUUUUUCUUAUAGGGUGGCUGCUUGUUUGCCUAUCGAUGAUACCUUAAGAAUAGAUCUACUUAAAAUUGGUAGUGCUAUUCAGCGGCUCCGUUGCGAAUUGGAUCUGAUGGACAAAUGUACGUCUCUAUGUUGUAAAAGAUGCCACCACACAGAGAUAACCACAAAAAAUGAUAUCUUCAGCUUAUCAUUAUAUGGACCCAUGGCUGCCUACGUGAAUCCUCAUGGCUAUGUACAUGAAACCCUCACCGUAUAUAAAGCUAACAACCUGAACUUAAUUGGGCGGCCAUCAACUCAGCAUAGCUGGUUCCCCGGCUUUGCGUGGACUAUAGCCCAGUGCCGUACUUGUGGAAGUCAUAUGGGUUGGAAGUUUACAGCAACUAAGAAAGACAUGUUGCCCCAGAAAUUCUGGGGAUUAACACGGGCAGCCCUGCAGCCCAGAAUACCAGAAAUGGAUGAUGAAAGUCAACAGGAAGGAUGUUGGCAACCAUGUCGUUAAUAUUUGUGUGUGUGUGUAUAUAUGUUAAAUAUAUAUUUUAUAUAUAGAUAUAAAUAUCUAUAAGUGAAUAGCACUGUAGUUACUUGUGCCAAAGAACCUCUAGUUCUUAUCAGAAGUUAUUCAAGAAUAUAACAGCAGAUUGAAUGACAUGCAUGACAUGGCUCUGUUGGAUUUAAUAACUUAAACUUUAAAAUAAUCAGUCUCAGAUAUAGCACUACCAUUUGAGAUAUUGAUGCAACUUGUAUCAAUACAUUGCGAUACUGUUUUAAACAGCUUGUCCCAGAUCAGGUUCAGUGAUUUAAUGAAGGUUAUCUUUUGGAAACAAAAAGCAACUGAAAGAAUAUCACUUGGAAUAUGGAUAAAUCAUUUAAGGUUCUGAGAUAUUUGACUAUUUGCUGUACUAAGGAAGAUUUACCAUACGAGUUUGGACAGGACACUACCCUGACAUUAUUUUGUUUCCUUUAUUUUGAGUUGACAUACGAGGGGUGAUUGCUAAGUUCAUGGCCUAAAGUAGAAGGAGUCAAUUUUAGAAAACCUAGCACAUUUAUUUUUCAACCUAGUCCCCUCUACAUGUACCCACUUAGUCCAGCAGUCAUGGAGCAUACAGAUCCCUUCUUUGUAGAAGUGGUCCACAACAGGGGUGAUUGAUAAGUUUAUGGCCUAAGGUAGAAGGAGAUGAGUUAUACAGCUCUCAUUACAUGCACGUACAGUUCAGCUCUUUGCGUGAAAAUGCACAAUGUUUGAAGUUAAUACCUCAUCUCCUCCUACCUUGGGCCACGAGCUUAUCCAUCACCCCAUGCUGUGAACCACUUCUGGAGGUCCAAGACACCAACUCCUACAAAGAAGGGAUCCGUAUGCUCCACAACCGCUUGACUAGGUGUGUAAAUAUAGGAAAAAUAAAUGUGUUGUGUUUUCUAAAAAUGGCUCCUGCUACCUUAGGCCACGAACUUAUCAAUCACCCUGGUACAUUACUUUUAACUGAAGUUAUUUUUAAAUUGCUAUUUGCAGCUUUCUAAGAUGGAGUUUUAUAUUGCAUCUUAACAGGGUAUUUGUAAAAAUGUUCCAGUUAAAAGGCCCCUCUAUGGAAUGAAUAGUUUUCUUCCAUUAUCUGACUGCAUAUCAACUGUGUUCCUUACUGUAACAACCUAGGGAGCUGCAAUCCCAUGGACAAAUGCUGUUGUUUUGCCUUAUUUGCUCAGGUAUUAUGCAAGCAAGUAAAAGAAAAGAGAAUUGUGAACCCAAAACCAGAUUAAUUUUACACACAAAUUUUGGAAAGGUAGUUUACUUUCUUAGAACAUACAUUAUGAAAUUGAGUAUAUCCCCUCCAUUUUUUCCGUCAUAUUAAUAGACUACAGAAAUGUCUCUCCAAAUUACGGUAGAAUGUUCUCAGUGGGAGAGUGAAGGCAGUAGGUACCUAUAAAAUGAGCUUGCAAAAGGCAACAAUUUUAAAAGCAAUAUGCUGUUCACAAUUAAGAAAUAAUCAUAUUUUAAUUUUGCAUGUAGGCCUAAUUAGAAACCUAUUGAUCGUUAACUUAGUGUUGCUUCAAGAUGCUUGAUAACACCUGAUAUUUUAAAGUGGAUCCAUUUAAAAUGUCCAUUUAAGCCUUUUUGAUAAUCAUUGUGCAUAACUCUGGGAGAUGACUUUCAACUAGAUUAUUCUAACAACUUCAUGCUUUAACUUUAGUUUUUGAAUAAAUCUACAGUUAUUAUUCUGCUGAGGCUACUGAAAAAUUAUCUGUUGUAGCCAUUUCAAAGAAGCUGGUGUAUUAGUUGUUGACAGACCAGAAUUUGUGAUGUGGUCAACUUGUUAUAAGGCACUACAGUGCUGUUCUUAGUUUUCAUUCUGGCAAAUUACUUAGUUCCUAGUAAAUGGUGUUAUAAUGAGAUCUAUUUUUCUUGAGGUAGUUGUAAAUAAUGGGAUUUACUGUGUGUUUAGUAAUUGAGAAUCAUUGUCUUGAAAGCAUUGUUUUAAUUGUAGGUAUUCUGGGCAGCAGUGCUCUUUUCAGUACGGAGGUUUGUUUAUGUCAGAUUCAAUUGAAAGUAAUUUAUACUGUUCUUUACGAAGCAAAUGGAAUGGAACUAAGACACAAGUAAAAUGAUUAAAAUAUUUUGGAGACAUUAACUUUAACAAAAUUUUGCAGAAUUCUUUUAUAAUGCUACCUACAUCCAUAAUUUUAUAUUUAAUGAACAAAUUAAAGUAAUAAUGUUUUGUAUUAUUGAAGCAUUUUGCAAGACAAUUUUGCCUUUUGUUCAACAAAGGAAAGUAUUAGUAAAUCUGUGUUCCUAAAUUGUAGUCUGAUCAGUUUAAAUCUUGCUCUGUAUUCUUGGGUGCUGAGUUGCAUCUGCAGCCAUUCUCACAAUAAUACAGGUUAUUAUGCACCUAGCUGUAAUUUAACUGGUUCAAUGGAUUAUCCAAAGUAUUUAAAAAUGAAACAGAUAACAGGUUAAUUUUUGAUAUGAUUGGGAAAAGAAGUGGUACAUUGAAGUGCACCUGCUUAAUCUGAGCCAUUUGAAAUUUAUUGGAAGAUGAAGGCUCUCAUUUUGUGAUAAUUUUGCAUUUACUUUUAAAGAUAUUUGAACGUUGAACUGGAUGCAAUGGCAAUGUAUUAGAACACAAUAAAGAAGAAAGAGAUCAGAAAAUGAACAAAUUGAAUUUUGGAAGUUAAAUCUGAGCCUUCUGCUAUUGAAGAAUUAUAAUUCCACCAGCUAUGAUCUGAGUAUUUAGUAUGGUACUUUGCUUUCUGUUAAUGCACUUAGCUUCAUGAUAUUUGAAAAAUCUACUAGUUACCAAAGAGAACUAGGGACAUUUUGAAGCUUCAGUUGAUGUUCUUAAGUUCUGAAUUCAGUUUACUGUUCAAUACAGUUUCAUUUUAUUGAAGGAAAUGCUCACUGUCUAAGGUGAUGUGGGAACAGUUAUAAAAUACAUUAAGUCCUUAACCUAUAUUGCUGAAUAAUUCUUUUCUCUAUUAAAUCUAAGCGUAGUUGUA